GUGGCGUGACCUCUGGCCACCUGGCGCAGUCCAGCCGGCCAGCCGUGAGCUCGAGGGCCGCCCCGCGGCUGCGGACGCUCCAGCGACACCUGGGCUCCCCGGAGGGCAGAGGCAUGGAGCCUGUCAGCAGCCCACUGACUACACAUGUGCUGGACACCGCCUCAGGGCUCCCAGCCCAGGGCCUCUGCCUCCGUCUGUCCAGGCUGGAGGACCAUGGCCAGCAGUGGACCGAGCUCAGGAAAAGCUACACGGACCCUGACGGCCGCUGCCCUGGGCUCCUGCCACCAGGCCAGAUGAAGGCAGGCACCUACAAGCUGUCCUUCAACACGGAGGGUUACUGGAAGAAGAGGGGACAGGAGAGCUUCUAUCCAUACGUGGAGGUCGUUUUCACCAUCACAGACGAGACCCACAAGUUCCACGUACCCCUGCUGCUGAGCCCGUGGUCCUACACCACGUACCGAGGGAGCUAGUGGCCAAGCCACUGUUGCUCUGGCUGACUGCCAGCUGGCCUACGAGCACCAAUCCCAUCACCACAGCCACCAAGCCACCCCCAGCCCUCAGCAGACUGGGCUCCAUGUUCCUCUGGGGGCGUCUGGCCCCCAGUCUCCCAGUGGCAGCUGUGACUCAGAC